AUGGAAAGAAUCCUGGAUUCGACCAGAGGCACCCACCCCCGCGUUCCAGCGACCUCGGAGAUAGGCGACGCCACGUUGGCAAGCCCCCUCGGAAAACUUGUUACUGCCCUCGUUGCCGGGCUCAACAGACAGUCCCGCAUUCUACAGCCGCGGCCAAACUGCGCGGAGAGCUCAGAAUGGGCUACUACAGACAUUCUUCCUGGAUUAGAAGAGGAGGGUUUACGACAACUCUAUCCAACUGGUUCUGACGUUGAUUACAAGAAGGAGCUGCGGGCUCUGAAUAGAGAACUUAUUCUCCAGUUCUUGGAGCUGAUCGACGCAUUAAUAGAAAGACCUUCACAGUCAGCCCGUUGUGUUGAAGAUAUCACCCUAAUAUUGCGAAAUGUUCAUCACUUGUUGAAUUCUCUUCGUCCACACCAGGCAAGAGCAACCGUGAUACAUAUGCUGGAGGCACAAUUAAUUAGGCGGAAGGAGGCCCUCGCAAAGAUUCGCAGAAAGAGAGCAGAGGCUCGAGCAAUGCUUCAAGAGUUUUCAGUCACUCUGUAGAUCAUGCUAGAUUGCUUUGGCUCAAGUUUAGAAGUUCCUGUGGACGGAUCUUGUAUAAACAACAAUUUUUGAAUGUGUAUAAAGCUAGCUCUUUCUUGACA